AUGAGCUCUGACUAUGAGUUCGACGAUCUUGACCCGGAAACUCUGACCCAACUGGACUAUUUAGAGUCCACUCAGCAACUCACUGCUUCGACCGUCAUCUUACCGCCGCCGCCGCCGCCUGCCGCACCACACGCGAAUCCUGCUCCCGCGCCCAGUAAAUUCCAACCAGCGCGCUCAGUAUCCACACCGACCAAUAUCCUUGCCUCCACAUCUCGCACCACUGCCGCACCUGCUGGACCUCCCGCUCAGGAACAGCCCGCACAACCGACGUUUCCUGUCCCACCCGCCGCGGCAGAUUCGGAUGACUACGACGCGUUCUUUGACGCCGAUGAGUCAACUGACUUUACGCGCUUGGACGCCAUGGUGGAGGACGUGCUUGCUGGCCGCGGUGUAGAGCCUGAAGUCCAGAACCAGCGCGCCUUUGCACGCGUACACUCGUUCGGCGGAGGCGGCGCUGGGCGGCAAACCACACUCGAUGGCGGACUCGUCCCUGAGAAACCGCCAUCACGAUCCAGCGUGGCCACGCACGGCUCUGCUCACGGAGGUCUGCAUCGUGUGCAAAGUGCUCCAGUGGAGAUGGCUCGCAAUCGCAAGACGAAGAAGUGGGAUCACACUGCGUUCUCGAAGACAGGGAAGAGGAAGGGUUCAAAGGCUAAGGGCCGUGGUAGAGGAGGUGACGACGAGGACGAACAAGAGGAGAUCGAGUUUGAGCAGUUUCCUGCCCCGUUCAUCAAUCCUAGUGCCUGGGUGAGGUCUCGCCAGGCUACUCUGCUGACACAGGAUGCUGAUUAUAUAUUCUUCCCUGGCCAUAUUUUGUGUAGACCGCCACCGCCCAUGAAGCUCAAGCCAGACCCCCUGGAGAUCAAGAAAUGGUGGUACCCGACCAAUGUGUCAAAGCGUGAUUAUCAAUUCAACAUCUCACGACAUUGUCUAUUCGAGAACACACUUGUUGCUUUACCAACGGGUCUGGGAAAGACCUUCAUAGCCGGAGUCGUCAUGCUCAACUAUUAUAAGUGGUUUCCUGAAGGCAAAGUUAUCUUCGUGGCUCCGACCAAGCCACUUGUAUCCCAACAGAUCGAUGCCUGUCAUAAGACCUGCGGCAUACCAGGACGUGACGCCAUCGAGCUUACAGGUGAAGUUAAGACUGUCAACCGCAGCGAAGCUUGGCAGAAGAAGCGUGUCUUCUAUAUGACGCCGCAAACGCUGUUUAACGACCUAAAGAACGGGAACUGCGACCCCCAGGAAAUAGUGUUGCUCGUCAUCGAUGAGGCCCACAGAGCGACAGGCGAAUACGCAUAUGCCACUGUCGUGCGCCAUCUCAUGGCCAAGAAUCCACACUUUCGCGUCCUCGCGCUUUCCGCGACCCCAGGCGGCACGAUCGAGGCCGUGCAAAAUGUUAUCGACGCGUUACACAUCAGCCACAUCGAGUGUCGUCACGAGGAGAACCUCGACAUCGCUCGUUACAUGAAGACCAAGGACGUCAAGCUCCAUCUGGUCGAGAUGAAUGAAGGUGCAGCUAAGAUUCGCGACCUUCUAGGUCGUGCCAUGGUGCCUCUGAUUGCUGACGUUCAGAGAAGCGGUCUUUGCCGCGGCAAUCCUGAUCCUGCCGCGUUCUCCGCAUUCCGCGCCCAAUCUGCCAUGGGGGAGAUAGGCGCGCGACCGCCUAGCGAGAGGCGUAACCUUGCCUCCAAGUUUCCUGUGCUGUCGAAACUUGGCACAUUGGCGCGCGCGAUGGGCUAUCUGCUUGAGGGCACGGUCGGCAUGUGCUACGAGUCGCUGAAAGAGAACAUGGCGAAGACGAAUAAGGACGGCAAACCCGGUUCGCUGAGUAAAGACCCGAACGCGCAAGCCGUGAUGCAAGAGCUUGAACGACAAGCAGUGCAAGGCUUCGCAGUGCACCCCAAGAUGGUCGAGCUCAAGAACAUCCUCCUGCAAUACUUCGCGGCGAACAUCCACGAUCCCGACGCACCGGAGGGCGCUCCGAAUGCGCCAGAACGCACGUGCGCGAUGGUCUUUACGAACAACCGUGCUGCAGUGGAAGAGAUCGUCGACUAUUUGAAGCAGGAGCAACCUAUGCUGCGUCCUACGCCCUUCAUCGGACAGGGAACCGACAAGAAGGGGAAGAAGGGACUCGCCCAGCGAGAACAACUCGAAAUCAUCCAGCGCUUCAAGAAAGGCGAGUUCAACGUGAUGGUUUCCACGUCCAUCGGUGAAGAAGGCCUUGAUAUCGGCGAGGUUGAUUUAGUCGUCUGCUACGAAUCACCGAAGACCCCUGUCCGUAUGUUACAACGAGUCGGGCGCACCGGCCGUAAGCGGCAAGGCUACGUUCACGUCCUUCUCUCCGUCGGACGUGAAGAGAAAAACUGGGACCAGGCGAAAGACAAGUAUACCGAGCUCCAGCAGAUCAUCAUGCGUGGACAAGAGCUUGAAUUCUACGCCGACGUCGAGCGCUUGAUACCAGAACACGUCAAGCCCGAGUGUGUCGAGCAAGUCAUGCUCAUCGAGGAAUACGAUCGCGAGGCCACGAUCAGAGAACGUCUUAAACCCCCAGCAGCACCCAAGGGUACGAAGCGGAAGCGCGGCGAUGAUGUCCCUGCCGGUGCUGUCAACGGCUUCGUGUCGGCAAGUGCGCUCCGACCGAAGGACGCAUCCGUAGCAGACAUGCUCAAACAACAGAAGCCGAAGCGACGCAAGAUGAAGGCUACCACAUUCAACGAAGAGCCUCCAGUGGAUGGUGAAACGGACGAUGAGAUUGAGGCGGGACUAUCGGCACCACCACGACACCCUCGCUCUCAAUCAUUGCCGGAGAAGUCGUCGACAAAGAAGAUCAGGGCCAAAGGACAGCGCAAGAUCAAGGCAAAGCGAGUUAUGGACGCUAGAAAGCUCACCGCUAGCCAGCUCGCGAAGCAAGGUGCCGACGACUCCGACGACGACGAGAUAGAGCGCGGUCUCUCAUCUAGACCUCGUCGAUCACCGACUCGUUCUGCAUCGCCAGGUGACGGGCCGUCAUCUUCUCUGUUACAUGAGGUACCCCUGCCAGAGGCGCGUGGCAGUGCAUCAGACGAAGCUGUUUUGGAUCUCUGUACGACAGAUGACGAAGAGGAGAAAGAACGCGAGCCACUCUUUCUGCCAUCUUCGGAUCCGUUAUCCGCUAGCGUUUCUCGUACAUUGGAGCUUUCACCGACGCUCAAGCGCUCACGAUCAGCACAACCCUCGUCUCCUGCACGUGGGCCUUCUCCGCGACAAGAUAAGCGGAACCUUGCCUGGUUACUGGGUUCCGACGACGAGAAUUCGGAUAGUGAGCGACCAGAUAAAGCCUCGCGCGAAAUACUCCCGCCUUCUCGCCCGCUUGUAAGAUCGACGUUGGAUGCCAUCGAGAUCUCAGACUCGGAAAUUGAGGUUACCAUGGACGCCCUGAAGCCCCGUACGCCUUCAUCGUCGCCGGUCGUCGUAGUAUCGCCAGCUCAGCCCGUCGCCGGCCCGUCACGCCCGCGCAGAGAUUUCGCCGAUAUGCCCCCACCAGUCAUGCUUCCCUCACGCUUUGGCGGAUUUUCGCGCCCAUCCUUGAACAAGACCCAGCCUGCUUCACAAGAACCGUUCUUCUCUGUCGGACCCCGAAAGAAACGAGUGCGACCGAUGGAGCAGCACGACUCCCUAUCCUCGCCGUCAGUUGAUGGUUCACCGGCGUUGAAGCGCCUGCAGCGCGGCCCCCGCCCACUGGCACCCGGCCCACUAUCGUCUUCGCCCGUAGCGCAACGGCCAGCGAAGAAGCCGAAGAAGAUCCGAGUAUAUGAUACGGCCGCUGUCGGCAAACGUAAUCAGUUUCUGGACGUCGAGGCGGGUCACUCUGGGGAAGAGCUCUCUGCUGGCUCGGACGACGGCGGCGAUCCCGAGCUAUCGAGCGAGGGCGACAACAGCUUCCUCGCGGAACCGGGCGGAACGCAAAUGUCCCCGUCGUACGACCAAAAUGCAGUGUACAGACAGAGUCUGCUCUCGCAGGCCCCUCAGGGAUGGGGUCCUCGGUUCGGCAAUGGACCUGUACGACGAGGUGCCGUGCCAUAUGCAGCACGAGAGGGUGCCCGGAGGGCGGCAAUGCUUUCUUCGGACGGCGAGCGAGACUCUGAACCGGAUGACUAUGAGAUGGGGAGCUUCGUUGUGGAUGACGAGGCUGAGGUAUUCUGA